AUGUCCACCACGAGAUAUGAGAACAUGGCGUACAUGGCCGACCCUCGAGCCUACCAGAGUGGUCUACAGAAACCACAGCCACGAUUGACUCCAAUCGUACCUUACUAUCGCAGCAUGCUCGAUAUCGAUACACCAACCCUGGAUCCAGUGUCAUUGCUGCCCGACGAAUCCAUGGAGGACUGGGUUGCUGAAAAGCUCAGUCAGACAGAACGGAAACAUAGGACAGAGAGUUGGGCUGACAUUUUGUGCUACUACACAGCUGCUAACGGCGCUGCCCCAGUGGCACCGACAAGAGCCUCUCCAGCGCCUAAUCUCCAUAGCAAGCCUUCUUCGCCACUCGAGAUACCACAAACCGUCAGCUCCAGCGAUCCCAAGAUAGCUGCUCAACAAGCCAGCGAUAUGCGCAAUAUUGUGCGACGAAAGUUAACCGGAUACGUUGGAUUUGCAAAUUUGCCCAACCAAUGGCACCGCAAGAGUGUCCGAAAGGGAUUCAACUUCAAUGUUAUGGUUGUUGGUGAAUCCGGGCUCGGAAAGUCUACCCUGGUGAACACCCUGUUCAACACCUCCCUAUACCCACCGCGCGAGCGCAAAGGACCUAGUCUCGACAUAAUCCCAAAGACCGUCUCCAUCCAGUCAAUCAGUGCUGAUAUCGAGGAGAAUGGCGUUCGCUUACGUUUGACUGUUGUUGAUACCCCGGGUUUUGGUGAUUUCGUUAACAACGAUGAGUCCUGGCGCCCGAUUGUGGAUAACAUCGAGCAACGCUUCGAUGCAUACUUAGAUGCUGAGAACAAGGUCAACCGCAUGAACAUCGUUGAUAACAGAGUCCACGCAUGCGUGUACUUCAUCCAGCCAACCGGCCAUGCGUUGAAGCCAUUGGACAUCGAGGUUAUGCGCAGACUGCAUACCAAGGUCAACUUGAUCCCAGUAAUUGCAAAGGCAGAUACUAUGACUGAUGAGGAGAUCAUGGCAUUCAAGUCCAGAAUCCUCGCAGACAUCAAGCACCACGACAUUCAAAUCUUCGAGGGUCCCCGGUACGAGCUCGAUGACGAGGAGACGAUUGCCGAGAACAACGAGAUUAUGUCCAAGGUCCCCUUCGCAGUCGUCGGUGCCAACUCCGAGAUUACCAGCGAUGAUGGGCGCAAGGUCCGGGGGCGCAAAUACCCAUGGGGAAUUAUCGAAGUCGACAACGAGGAGCACUGCGAUUUUGUCAAGCUUCGCCAAAUGCUCAUCCGAACCCACAUGGAGGAGCUGAAAGAGCACACUAACAACGCUCUGUACGAGAACUACAGAUCCGAGAAGCUCACCUCCAUGGGUGUCGCACAAGACCCGAGCGUCUUCAAGGAGGUCAACCCGGCUGUCAAGCAAGAGGAGGAGCGCACGCUCCACGAGCAGAAGCUCGCUAAGAUGGAAGCCGAGAUGAAGAUGGUGUUCCAGCAGAAGGUCGCCGAAAAGGAGAGCAAACUGACGCAGAGCGAGGAAGAGCUGUACGCCCGUCAUCGCGAGAUGAAGGAGCAACUCGAGCGUCAAAGACUGGAACUUGAGGAGAAGAAGGCAAGAAUCGAGAGUGGGCGACCCAUAGAAGAGAAGGGCAAGAGGAAGGGAUUCUCUCUCCGCUAG